AUGGGCUUCUUCGCCUGCUACCUGCUGACGCCCGUGCAGGCCCCGCAGCGCCUCCGCUGCACGUACGUGGGCUUCACUGUGGACCCAACACGGCGUAUACGCCAGCACAACGGAGAGCUCGCGAAUGGAGCCAAGCGGACGCGGAAAUUCCGACCUUGGGAGAUGAUCGCCGUCGUGCACGGCUUUCCGAGCAAGUUUCGAGCUAUGCAGUUUGAGUGGGUGUGGCAGCAUCCGCUCGUGAGCAAAAUCACCAGGGAGCAGUUGAAGUUUCUGCGCGGGUCCAAAGGCCUGGGGGCCCCUCGGUCCGUCAAGAGGAAGAUGCUGGAGAUGCUGGAGAUGGUCAACCUGGAGCCGUUCAAGGAUUUGAAUCUCACCGUGACCUUCACGAGCGAGGAGAUGCACCAGGUCGCUCGAGGGCUGGGGCCCAGAUGCUCUGCUGCAAAGUUCGAGUUCAGAGCAUUGGAGACGUUUGCAGGCUGGUGGGCUGCUACCAUCGUGGAUGCGAGAUGUGCUGCCAUUCGUCGUGUUUGA